AUGCUCUACUUCAUCUGCAGAGAAAGGGUUGUUAAAAGACUGGAGUCCCUCUUUAGGGAUUGGCUCAAAGAAAUGUGCAUAGAAAUGAAUGUACCUAAAGUGGUUACAGAAAAAGUUGGAGGCAAGAUCUUCCCAUUUGGCUCGUAUCAUCUGGGAGUUCACUCAAAGGGUGCUGAUAUUGAUGCACUGUGUGUCGGACCUGGAUUCCUUGGGAGAAAAGCCUUCUUCACCUCCUUCUUUGCAAAGCUGAAAGCUCAGAAGGAGGUCAAAGACAUACAGGCCAUUGAAGAGGCUUACGUCCCAGUCAUCAAACUGUCCUGGGAAGGGAUACAGAUUGACUUAGUCUUCACUCUGCUGUCUCAGAGGAGCGUUCCUGAUAACCUUGACCUUCUCAAUAACAGCAUAGUGAAGAACGUCGUAGAUGCACGCUGUGUCAGAAGUUUCAACGGCUACAGAGUUACAGAAGAGAUUCUCAGGCUGGUACCCAAUGUUCUCAACUUUAGGGUUGCUUUGAGAGCCAUCAAACUAUGGGCCAAACAGCGUAACAUUUACUCCAACAAGCUGGGCUUCUUGGGCGGUGUAUCGUGGGCCAUAAUGGUAGCCAGGAUUUGUCAGGUGUACCCAAAUGCUACCGCUUCUACCCUGGUGAUAAAAUUCUUCAAGAUCUUCUCCAUGUGGGUGUGGCCGAUCCCAAUCCGCUUGAUAGAAGUAGAAAAAUGCAACUACAACCUUCCUUUUUGGGAUCCCAAGGUCAAUCGAAGUGACCGCUGUCACCUAAUGCCCAUCAUCACCCCAGUGUAUCCGCAGCAGAACACCUCAGUCAAUGUUUCUCGGUCCACGUUUGCCAUCUUGAAUGAGGAGAUUCAUCGAGGUCACGCCAUCUGCCAGGAAAUAGAGCAGAAAAAAGCAAAGUGGUCUGAACUCUUUGAACAAACGGACUUUUUCAAAAAGUACCAGCACUGCGCUGUGUUGGAAGCAUCUUAUACUACAGAAGAGAAGCGUCUCGAAUGGAUUGGCCUCGUGGAGUCGAAAAUCAGAUUACUGGUGUCAACUUUGGAGAGAAAUGAGCUGGUCUCCUUGGCCCAUGUUCACCCACACGCCUUUCCUGGGCACAGAACAGCGAAUAAAAAAGAUGGACAGAGCACAAUGUCGCUCAUUGGACUUGUCUUAAAUGUGAAAGACUCUGAAAGAUUCAACAGCCUGGCCAGGAGCUCUAACAUAUAUGAUGAAGGGAUGUCCUUAUCAGUCGCAUGCCUAAGGAGGGAAGACCUCAUUUAUGAUCCACAGCAGAAAGCUCUCCAAACCUCUGAAACUGUGCCGCCUUGUCUCGUCUCACCUGUCAGCGCUGACAAACAGGGCACGAAAAAGAGAGAACUACUCCAUAGAUCUGAGACACCAUCCAAAAAAUUCAACGAUGACAAGAGUCUGCCCGUCGACCAGCCUCACAACGUCCCUUCAGGUGGCCACGUCACUGGACCUUCUGCAUUUGCGAAACCCGCCGUCAGCCUUACAGCCCCCAGGACAACAUUAGGACUCAAUCCAGAGGUGUAUCCACAGGAGGUCCAGUUUAAGGUCUGGGGCUCCCCUGUAGUUGUGGCCCUGCUUACUCCUGCCGUGUGCACUCUGUGUGGGGCUGAGGCUCAGGGCACGGCCCCCUGUCUUCCUGCUGGGCCUCCAUCUGCUGUGGUGGUGGUUAGGUCCCCGGAUUGA